CGGGGCUCUGUGUCGCCUGUGUGACGAAGCGUGAAGUAGAAUUAGAUUAUACUUCCUUGAUUAUUUGAAAAUUUGAUCUUGUCAUACCUGGGAAGUAUAAAAAAAAAAAAGAUUGUUGUAAUAUUUCAUCGCUGGAAUACAGUGUACAAGCCAACCAGGAUUAUCUCCAUAAUGGCAAGCAACGCAGGAACAUUCAGCAAGAUGAGCAACAACUCCAGGCAAAAGUUCAUCGAGACGAUGAUCGCUGGAAUCUCGGAGAACAGUCAGGAUGACUCUAUGGCAGAUGUGGAUAUUAUUGUGGAAGGCGAGAGGUUCCCUUGUCACAGACUUAUUCUCGCCACAAUGUCGCCCUACUUCAAGGCAAUGUUCCAUUCAGGAAUGGUGGAAACACGUGAAAGGUCUAUUACAAUCCCCGGAAUAUCUAAAUCAGCUUUUGUACAAGUUAGAUCAAGUAUGUAUGGCAGUGAAUACAGCAUCACAACAGAAAAUGCGAUGGAACUACUGCACGCCGCAGCUCUGUUCCAGAUCAUCUCACUACAGGAAGCAUGUGAGGAGUUCCUUGCUAAGGAAAUGGACAUGGAAAACUGUCUGAUGCUUUUCAAGAUUGCACGGUCCUGUAACUGUAAAGUCUUGUUGGAGAAAUGUAGACCGUAUGUAAUGGAGGGGUUUAAUGGACUUUGGAAAUCGGAGGAAUUUGAGACUUUAGAUUUGGAAGAUUUGGAAAGUAUUGUUCGAGAUGACGAUCUUGUCCCAGUAGAUGAAGAGCAAAUUUGUGAAGCAACAAUCAAGUGGGUGCAGGCAGAUUUCAGUCAAAGGAAAAAACAUCUCAGCAGGUUAUUCAGACAUAUAAGACUGGUUAAUGUUAGCCCAGAGUAUCUGUUGGAGGAGCUAUAUAAUAAAGACUUGCUAGUCAAUGAUGAAACCUGUAAACGUUACCUGGAUGAAGUAAGAGAUUAUCACAUACUGCCAGCCAGACGGCAGGAAUUCGCCUCCAGCAGGUUCCAUCUUAGGAAUAGCGAUGACUUCGAAGAAGUGAUUCUGGUAUUGACAGAGUAUGACAUGGAAAGAUCAGGAUCCUUUUAUCAGGAUGGGAAGUGUCUGUGGGCCUACAGCCACCAUCAGGGACGCUGGUACACCCUGGCUCCCAUCCCUCUUCCUCAAAACCCAGGCACAGGAUUUCGCGUGGUGUCGUUUCGGAAUGAUUUAUAUCUCACCGGAGGGAAUUCUUCUCUGAAGAACUUGCUCAAGUACGACUCGGAUCGAAAUGAAUGGGUUCAGUGUGAUGCCAGUAUGAAGCGAGGACGCUACAAUCACAUGACGGCUGCCAUACGGGAAAGUGUUUACGUCCUUGGUGGAUACAAUGCUAAGAUGGCAGAGGGCAAUAAUGUACAGGGAUCAAUUGAGGAGUACAACGUCAAUUCGCGGUGUUGGCGGACAAUGGGAGAACUGAUCGUCCCUGUCCAGUGUGCAGCUACAGUGGCAGUUGGGGAGAAGAUAUUUGUUUUGGGUGGUAAGCAGGAAGAUGGGUCAAACUUUGACGGUAUCCAGAUAUUUGACACCCGGCAAAGGGAAACAAAAGUGGAACCAGGACUCCUGAAGGGUUUUUCGCAGCCCCUUCAAAUUGUUGCUGUAGAUGGCAAAGUUAUUAUCAUCACAGCUGCUGGUGAGGUGUAUGACUUCAGGUACAGCAAGAUGAAGUUGACUUUGGUGAAACGUCUACACCAAGAUUGUUUGCCCAUUCUAGGUGUUGCACAUUACAGGGGCUAUAUAAUGUUGAUCUCUGCCUCCAAAGAUAAGCCACUUAUCUUUUCCAAGGUAUAUAAGUUAGAACUUAGGUGCACUCCGACUCGACUUGAUGUCGUUUCCCCCAAAAACAACACCAAACCCAAACCCAUUCACGCUUGCCUGCGUUGUGUUGUCAACAAACAGUUUAUGUAUCAUACCUACUUCCAGUAGCUCAUAAGUAGAAUGUCUCAAAUUCAUUUGUCCAUUUUAAAUUUCGAUGUCAGAUGAUAAAUAAUUGAUAGCUUUAGGUACUAUCUACUUUUAUUAUCAUGACAUCACUCCAUAACAUACAGGUUGAAUAUAAAAUGCAAAAAUUUUGGAAAUCAAAAAGUCAAAGAUGUAACCAUGUUAAAUGUAUGAGGGACAGAACACUUUAUCAUAUAAAAACUUUCUACAGAAAUGUCAAAGUUGAAGCAAUAUUCCAGCUUUGGUAAGAUUUUGUAUACAAAUAAGCUUUGCUGCACUAAGGUUGCUAAGAAUACUCAUGAUCCUUUGUCUUAUUGCAGUAGUAUUGUGCCAUAUUUAUUAUCCGCAGCAAAACGCAUUUGCAGGACGUUGUCAAUGAAUUGGGCUCCGUGUGUCCAUCUGUCUACUGUUUCUGAUGCAUAACUCUGUAAAACCUGGUACAUCCAUUGCUCUAGUGGUCCAGUGGCUGCAUGACAGAUGUGACAUCACGAGAGUAGCCAUUUUAUUUCUCCUUUGCUUGUCUUUCCAAAUGCAUUUCAUUUAAAUGUGUUUAGUAUGUGUGUGCAUGUUGAGUUGUAUACAUUUGUAUGUGCAAAAUGAUUCACUUUAAAAUACAAUAUACAUGUAUUUACAAAAGAAGAGAGAUGUACAAAAAUUUUUACUGAAAGUCGCAAAAAUAUUUUCAUCCAACUAGUCGUACAGAAUACACGACUUCUGAUUGUGAGUUCUUUUACUAAAAUUUCAAGGGACAAGGCAACAAGGUUCAAGUGUAACCUGUCCAUCAAUGAUGUUUACAGUAAUUGGGACAGUGAAUUGCUUCAUAUGAAAUUGUAUAAAUCCGUAUCGGAGUUGGACGAUUUCCAGUACAUUUUAACAUCAUAUGAAUAUGAUGAUGUAUAGGUUUCACUUACAACACUUGUCACUCGGAAGAGUUAUUUCCCUUGUUAAAGGAAGCUGCAUCCUGCUCCAAAUCACCAAGCAACAAAAAUCAUUGUUCAUGGUUUUAAGUGUAUCAAGUUUGUACGAGAAUUACUGAUCGCGAAUAUUCAGGAAAAUGUCAAAUUCACAUGUUUUUCGAUUGAAAAACUUCAUUAAGAAGUGUAUGCGGGGCCAUUACAUUGUUAAAUUGCAUAAUACAAAGGAAACCUUAAAAUAUGGAAACUUAUCUCAAAUUAUCAAAAUGUUUCUGAUCUCAACAAUUGUGAUCAAAUGUAGCGAAAGUUUUGUCCCAUUUCACACCUGUACCAUUUCACACCUGUACCAUUUUACACCUGCACCAUUUUGCACUUGUACCAUUUCACACCUGUACCAUUUUGCACUUGUGCCAUUUCACACCUGUACUUUUUCACACCUGUACCUUUUCACAUCUGUACCAUUUCACACCUGUACCAUUUCACACCUGUACCAUUUUGCACUUGUACCAUUUCACACCUGUACCUUUUCACACCUGUACCUUUUCACACCUGUACCAUUUCACACCUGUACUAUCACGCCUGUACCUUUUCACACCUGUACCAUUUCACACCUGUACUAUCACACCUGUACCAUUUCACACCUGUACUAUCACACCUGUACCAUUUCACACCUGUACCAUUUCACACCUAUACUAUUUCAAACCUGUACUAUUUCAUACCUGUACCAUUUCACACCUGUACUAUUUCACACCUGUACCUUUUCACACCUGUAUUAUUUCACCCCUCUACCAUUUCACACCUGUACCAUUUCACCCCUGUCCCAUUUCACACCUAUACUAUUUCACACCUGUACCAUUUCACACCUGUACUAUUUCACACCUGUCACAUUUCACACCUGUACUAUUUCACACCUGUACUAUUUCACACCUGUACCAUUUCAUACCUGUACCAUUUCACACCUGUACUAUUUCACACCUGUACCAUUUCACACCUGUACCUUUUCACACCUGUACCAUUUCACACCUGUACCAUUUCACACCUAUACUAUUUCACACCUGUACCAUUUCACACCUGUACCAUUUCACACCUGACCAUGAAGUGCCCAAAUUUCUCAUACCUAGAACCACAAGUAUAUAUUGUUGAUAGAUAAUGAAAAUUAACAUAAUUAUUUUUAAAUUACUGUCUUUAAUUUAUUCACCAGAACCUAGUUCAGAAUUAUAUAUAUAGAUGUGUAUGUACAUAAUUAUGUAUAUAUAUAUAUAUAAAAAAAUGUUACGUGUGAUCCCUAUGCAUGAAGACUUAAUAUGAUUAAGAAGGAAAAACAAGACAACACCUCUUUAGUAAUUUCGUCACAUCUUCAAACUGUUUUUAUUUUCAAGGAAAGGUAUUGUAAUAUCAUCGGUUAUAAUUGCCAAGAUGCAGUGAAAAUAAUAAAGAUGUGUUGUCAUGUUUUUCUAUUUUUUAUGUAUGCAUACAGGGUAUAUGUAAUACAAAUAUGAUAAAGAUUAAUAUAUAUUUUAUAUACAGAACGUGCAUGUGCUGCACAGAUAUAAUAUCAAUUAUCAUGUCCAUAAACCUGUCUUUGUUUCUCUACUCUCUGUUUAUGUUUGUGUAACCUUUUAAUUUGUUUUGGGUUGAAAUUCGUCAAUGAAGAAUUUGAAUUGAACAGUCCAUAAAUGUGAUAAUAAUGUUUAGAUUUCACUUCAUAUCAGAUUCAAACAAUAACUUAAUAUGAAUGUAAUUUCUGUGCAAAGACUUUUAAGGUCACCUGAGACAAAGUCUCAAUUAAUUAAUUAAGUGACCUAUUCUAAUCACCUUUUGUCCAGCACAUGCGUCAUGCAUCAUUUGUCAUCCGUCUCACAAUAUGCGACAUUCGUCCGUAAACAGUUCACAUUUUUGACUUCUUCUCAGAAAUCCUUGAACCUAUUUCAAUGAAAUUUUGCGGGAACCUUUUAUGGCUAAACUUCAACCUAAAUUGUGAACUAUAUGGUCCCUACCCCACAGAGGAUUGAGGGGCGGGGCCGAUUGGGGUCAAAUCAACUGAAAUUUCAACAAAUCUUCUCAAGACCCAAAUAAUGUAAAAUCAAAUCAUCUUCAUAGAUGGAGAAGUCACAUUUGCCUCAAGGAGUCAAACUUUUGUAUAGUUUAUAUUGAGAAAUCACAUUUUUCACUAUCAUUUGUUUGGUUUCUAUUGGAAUUAAUUCUAAAUUGGUUAGAAUUAGCAGUUUUUGAAGGCAGUUUGAUGGUAUUCAAAUGUUGGCCUGACUGGCCCACAUGGGUUGAUUGGUGGGGUCAAACAGGGUCAAACUGACAGAAGUAGAAACUACCAAUUUAAAGACUAUGGUAUGUGUCAGCCAGGGGACAGAAUCCAAAGCCUUCCUCACAGGGGCGAACGCUCAACUAAAGGCCCAAAGUGAGGCAUUGUCAAGGGAGACAUUAGGAGGAAGAAAGUUGUUAAGAAAGAAGAGAAAAGAUAAGAUCCCAAAUUUAGUCGCCUCUUACGAUCGUGCAAUAGGGACAGCAGGUACAAUUCUUACAUCCUAUAUGCAGAGGUAAAAAGGGUCAUAAUAAGAGAAAUUAAACAAAUGAAAAUAAAUAAAUCUUCUUAAUAUCAAGAUAUUGUUGAAUUAAAUAUUCUUGAAAGAUGGAAUGGCCUGAAUGUACUUUACUAAAAUUGUGAAUUUUAUUACCAUGGGGUCUCGCAUUUCCACGUUAAUCCUAUGGGCCUCUUGUUUCCGUUAGUAUCAUCAACCAAAGCUAAUUGAGGUAAUAUACAACUUGACAGAAGUUUUAGUACACAGGUAGAUGGGUAAAUUAAAUUAUGGACUUUGUAUUGUUUUGUUGUUGUUUUUGUUUGUUUGUUUUUUUGUUUUUUUUUUGUUUUUUUUUUUGUGAGAAGUGAAAUAUAAUUACUGCUUUAGAAGUGCGACUCAUUUAAUUAUUGAUGAUGAUAUAACAACAGAAGUAAUAAAACAAAUAUUCCACUUCAAUAUGACCACUAUAUUACCAUUUAAAGGUGUCACAGUAAAGGUGGUCUUCAGUGACUUGAAGAACACAAAUUUAGCUGUGUAUGGUUGUUAUAGUUGGCUGUUGUUGAUCAAUAAUCAUGUAUAAAUGUAUAUCAAUACAUUUCACAAUUAUUUCGAAAACUCAAAUAAAUAACCAGACAACAUA